GCCACGUCACCCUGUUCUCACCAGCGACACUGUGCUUGAGCCACCAGCAGACCAACAUGGUUAUGGGGUCAUUAAUGACAGAGUGUAUAUCCUUUAUCUUCCUGCUCCUACUCACACAUAAGGGGGUUUAUGUCGGGACAUGGAAUGUCACCUACAGCCCUACAUACAUCUGUGCUCUGGAGGGAUCAUCAGUCACCAUGUCCUGCUCUUACACCUACCCCAGUAAUUAUAAAGUUAAAGAAGCUUUCUGGAUUAACCAAGACUCUCAUAUACCUGUUGAUUUCUCAAAGAAUGAGAGCUUCGCACGCAGGGUCACAGCGGACUGUGGAGACAAAAAAAGUCAGUGUUCUCUGCACAUGACUAAUCUAACCAAAGAAGAUGCACAUUAUCAGUACUACUGUAGGAUUGAAACCACUGUAGGUAAACAAAAGUGGAUAGGCAAACCAGGGAUCUCAGUGAAUGUCACAGACCUCAGAGUUGUUUCCACUGAAAGGACAAACAAUGUAACCAAGGGGGACAUCAUCACUCUCACCUGCGGCACCACCUGCAAUCUAACCAGCAGGCCUUCAUUCACCUGGAGUAAAGAUGGACGUCCUGUAGAGAAGAAGCAGAUCAUCAACAACCAGCUGCAGCUCCACCCAGUCAGUUAUGAAGAUGAGGGCAACUACACCUGUGCUGUUGGAGGAUUUGAGGAUCUCCAAUCUCCACCUUACAGGCUCAAUGUAAAGCGUGGCCAAAGUGCUGUGAUGAAUGUGCUGAUCGCUGUGGCAGUCUGUGUAGCUGUUGUGGUCCUCUGUGCCGUUUUCUGGGUCUGGUUUCGCAAAAAGCACAAAGAGAGCAAAGGCGAGCUAGAGCAAUUGAGGGCAACACACAGUGCCGCGCUCAGGGCUGAUGCUGCUGGAGGAGGAGGACCAGAGGGGGAUGUCCAGUACUACAACAUUAACUUCCAGAGCAGAGCUGCUGCUCCCCCCAGUGGUGCUGCUGCUGCAGGAGCACCAGAGGAUGAUGUCCAGUACUCCAACAUCCAGCCCCACGGCUCCACACAGACUGCAGGAGCUCAGGGGGAUGAUGUACCGUAUGCCAGUGUCCAGUUCAAUGGCAAUAAAGCAACAACGAGUCAUUUGGGGCAACCAGAAGAUGACACAUCAGUGAUCUAUAGCCGUGUUUCCUGAGCUGCCUCCGUAACCUCACAAUCUGAACAUCAUCAUCCUCAUUUGCAUCCUCUUCCACCUCAUCAUCAUCAUCAUGCUCAUUAUCACUAAUGACUACCACUAAUGAUCAGCGGGCAACCUGUAGAGAGAG